AUGAGCGACAUCCCCUCCCUCCUGGAAGCAAUUGUCGUUGCGAAUGGGGAACCCAGGGAAUCGACUCCAAGGGGGCCCGUACUGACGAUCCCGGAGCAAGCUCCUCCUCCUCCUCCUUCUCCUCCAUGCCAAUUUCUUCUAGUUGAUAACCGACUUGCCCUCACAGCAUAUCGACCUGAUCUUUUCCUGCUCCUCUUUCCUCCCCUUUCCGCUUCUCUCUUUGCAUGGCGAUGUGCCCGUACUUUGGUACUGUCGCUGAAGCUGCCUGCCAGCCUGAACACACUUCCAAGUAACACCAGGUACACCCCCAAGCUUCUCAGGCAAGCUUCCCAAUUCUCCUCCGACGGCGCCAAGAUCUACGGGAGAAGGGCUUUGAUACAUACUACCACUUGGUACCAGCGCGUCAGUCUCCAUGGCAAGGUCUUUGGGAGCCUCGAUCUUGUUCAACCGCCUACUCACGCUAUUGUUCCCGUCUCACACCCCGCUCCUUCGAUACAUCGACUGCCCUCGACUUCGCGUAUGCGCCAGUGGCUUCAAACCCGAUCUUCAGUCCGCUUCGCCUCUUCCUCAACCUUCAACUCGACUCUCUUAACACCACACGCGCCAACAGCCGAUAAGGACAUUCAUAAGCCGACGACCCCUGACACCGAUUACCCCCCUCCCCGGAAGCGAAGUCGAAAGCUCAACUCAUCCCACCCCAGCACCACUACGACCGACGUCGAGAACUCAUCGAAUACGAGAAUACGAAACCCGACGUUCCCUGCUGCCAACGAUCAGGAGAUCGACUCCAUCGCCAAACUUGCCUUUCAUCGACACCCACGCAGACGAUUCGAUGAAGUGAACGGCCACAUACUCAACGUCUCGACCGUCCAAGAUACGGCAAACGACAAACUCGUCACCGCCGAUGACAGCGUUCUAGCUCGCUUGUUUGGACCCGCCAUAACAACACUCUGCGAGCAAGCUUCUCACGGGGCUCGAACCAAUGUUCCGGCCGUUUGGAUAUCGUCUCCAUGUACCUAUCCACGUCGUACUACCACUUGGGAGAACGGUGUCCCAAGGGGCUCCAGGGGUCAGCAUCUUGCCCCAUCAAACAUCCUGUCUGAACAGGGCCUUACACCUCUCGCCCCAACUUUCCCCCCGGGUAUCAGGUCGUUUCCCCAGCUUUGGUCCGGUAGCUGGCGGCUCAACUCCUCCCAUUGCUAUGUCCUCGAAUCCAUCCGAACUCCUAUUCUGGAAGCCCCACUCAAGAUAGUGAGAGCUUCUUAA